AGUUAAUAAGUAUUAUUCUUAGUGUUAUUUUCGGAAAUUAUUAUCAGCGCGCAAUAUUAGAAAGCUAAAUUGUUGAAUAUCACAUGUACCAAAUUUUCUAGAAACUUUCAAGUAUGGAUAUGGGGGCUGAAAAAGGCGAAGCGUUCAACAAAGAGCCGGACGGCGGCAAAGUCACGGACGUGGUCGCGGCCUUGCCCACGGACCCAAAAACAAUUCAAGACAAUGAAGUCGAUUCAACGUGUUCUGUGGAGGAAUCAGCCGGUGCUCCUCCGAGCGAACCAGUGCAGGAAAAGCCGGAAGCUCCACUAAUAGGAAGUCGUUCACCAAGUGCCACUCGAAAGUCACGCAGCCGUAGCGGUAGUGCUAUUGACAGCUCUCGACGCUCUCGUAGUCGAUCUGGCUCCGCUCGCUCAGCCAGCGGGUCGCCCCAUCGUUCUCGAAGUGGAUCUCAACGCUCACGCAGUGGAUCUGGAUCUAGACGCUCGCGCAGCGGAUCUGCUCGUUCGCGAAGUGGUACUCGCUCUCGCAGCGGCUCUAGACGUUCACGCAGUGGAUCGAAACGUUCACGUAGCGGCUCUGAGGGACGCUCACGCUCACGAAGUGGAUCCAGGCGCUCUCGUAGUGGAUCCAGACGCUCUCGUAGUGGAUCCAGACGCUCCCGUAGUGGAUCGGGAUCCAAGCGUUCACGCAGCGGAUCUGCGCGCUCACGCAGUGGAUCUGCACGAUCACGUAGCGGAUCUGCGCGCUCACGUAGCGGAUCAAGGCGUUCUCGCAGUGGCUCGAGACGCUCCCGUAGUGGAUCAAGACGUUCACGUAGCGGAUCCAGACGAUCACGUAGUGGAUCUGCCCGCUCACGUAGUGGAUCAGCGCGCUCACGCAGUGGAUCGAGGCGUUCGCGUAGUGGAUCGAGGCGUUCGCAUAGUGGAUCUCGUUCUCGCAGUGGAUCCAGACGUUCACGCAGCGGAUCCAGACGAUCCCGGAGUGGCUCUGGUUCCAGGCGCUCACGCAGUGGCACACGCUCGCGCAGUGGCACUCGCUCACGCAGCGGCUCCAAGGACUUACGUGCUGGCUCCGUUCGCUCGCGCAGUCGAUCUAAAAGCGCGGACUCCUCACACAGUCGCAGCAAAUCAAAAAGGAAGUCUGACCAACGCUCGCGCUCAAAUAGUGCUGCCGACUCGAUCACAUCCCAGGAUGCACUGAAUCGCAAACGUGUUAUCACCAGCGACUCUGAAGAUGAUGUACCAAAGCUAUACAAGAAACGGGCUAAAAUCACCGACACAGACAAUGAGGACGAGGAUGAGGACAGGAAGAAGGACGCUGAUGACAAUAUGGCUGAAAAGUCACAGGCUAAAAUUAUUGAAAGCUCGGAUGAUGAAAACACGCCAAUUUCAAAUGAGCCAGAAAACAGCAACUUCAUAUCUGAUUUUGAUGCAAUGUUGAUGCGCAAGAAGGAGGAGAAACGUGUGCGACGACGCAAGCGCGAUAUCGAUUUGAUAAAUGAUAAUGAUGAUCUGAUCGAUCAAUUGAUAAUCAAUAUGAAGAACGCCUCAGACGAUGAUCGCCAGCUAAAUUUGGCCGGCAAGCCGGCAACUAAGAAGAUUUCAAUGCUCAAACAAGUGAUGUCUCAGCUGAUUAAGAAGGAUCUGCAAUUGGCCUUCUUGGAGCACAACAUACUCAACGUACUUACGGAUUGGCUAGCACCGUUGCCAAAUAAAAGUCUGCCCUGUCUGCAAAUACGCGAAAGCAUAUUGCGUCUGCUAUCCGAUUUCCCAACCAUAGAUAAGUCAUAUUUAAAGCAAUCUGGCAUCGGAAAAGCCGUCAUGUAUUUGUACAAACAUCCACAAGAGACAAAGACAAAUCGAGAUCGGGCUGGCCGCUUGAUAUCGGAAUGGGCCCGUCCCAUCUUCAAUCUGAGCUGUGAUUUCUCAGCAAUGAGCAAGGAGGAGCGUCAGGAGCGCGAUCUGGCGCAAAUGUCACGCAAUCGUCAUAAGACCCCAGAGCCUGCGCCCGCAUCAAGCAGCAAUCCACCAUCGCUAAAUCAGACCUUCUCCAGUGAGGAUAAACUGCUGCGUCCCGGCGAUCCCGGCUGGGUGGCCCGCGCCCGUGUACCAAUGCCUUCCAACAAAGAUUACGUUAUUCGCCCCAAGUCAACCGUCGAAGGCGAAGUUUCAUCUUCAAAACGCAAGCCUAAUCGCUAUGAGAAGCACAUGAAACGCUUUUUGGAUUCAAAACGCUCGAAGGAGAGUCGUCGUGCCGUCGAAAUCUCUAUAGAGGGGCGUAAAAUGGCGCUUUAAGUAUAAGACAACA